AUGCAAUCCAUAGACGAGGGGUUCAUUACCCCAACUUUCUCUUUGCUAGCACCAUUCCAAGACAGAGCUACUUACUACUGGCAUCGGGAUAGCACCGCGGGCGUGACGGAUAUUCCCCGGCGCAGCAAUCACCACGGAUUCGUUAAUUUCCUUGCGUAUCCGGCUCUAAGAUCUCUAGCUGUCGUAUGA